CAAAUCACAGGUGGCGGUGGGCGGAGCCUCGGCGUCGCGGCGCACUGCUAGCAUCGAGUGUGGAAAAAUUAGCGGCACAAAUCCUCUUUUUUCCUCAAAUAAUCAUCAUUUUAUUCUUCUUUUCACACCUCGGGGGACUGUAGCGCAGGCCCGCGACUCAGCCAACAUGCCUCCGAAGAAGCCGGCUGCGGCCACGGGAAAUAAAAAGACGCAAGAAAAGAAAAAGGAAAAGAUCAUUGAGGACAAAACGUUUGGCUUGAAGAACAAGAAAGGAGCCAAACAACAAAAGUUCAUCAAGAACGUGACACAGCAAGUGAAAUCUGGACAGCAAAACGCCCGACAGGUGGAGGGUGACAAGACCAACAAGAAGACGGACAAGAAGAAAGAGUUGGAUGAGCUCAAUGAGCUCUUCAAGCCCGUGGUCGCCGCUCAGAAAGUCAGCAAAGGCGUGGAUCCCAAGUCGGUGCUGUGCGCCUUCUUCAAGCAGGGCCAGUGCACCAAAGGAGACAAGUGCAAGUUCAGCCACGACCUGUCCAUGGAGAGGAAGUGCGAGAAGAAGAGCGUCUACGUGGACGAGAGGGACGAAGAGCUGGAGAAAGACACCAUGGACAACUGGGACGAGAAGAAGCUGGAGGAGGUGGUCAACAAGAAGCACGGCGAGGCUGACAAGAAACUCAAAACUCAGAUCGUGUGUAAAUUCUUCCUGGAUGCCAUUGAGGGCAACAAAUAUGGCUGGUUCUGGGUGUGCCCAGCAGGGGGCGACACCUGCAUGUACCGCCAUGCCCUGCCGCCCGGCUUCGUGCUGAAGAAAGACAAGAAGAAGGAGGAUAAAGAGGAGGGGAUCUCUAUGGAGGAGCUAAUAGAGAGAGAGCGCUCAGCACUCGGCGCCAGCGUGACCCGCAUCACCCUGGAGACCUUCCUGGCGUGGAAGAAGAGGAAGAGGCAGGAGAAGGUGGACAAAGCGCGAGAGGAGAUGGAGAAGAAGAAGGCGGACUUCAAGGCCGGCAGGUCGCUGGUGGUCAGCGGUCGCGAGGUCUUCGAGUUCCGACCCGAACUUGUGGACGACGACGACGAGGAGGCGCUCGACGCCCGAUAUGCUAACGAGGAUGAUGAGGACGAGGAUGAGGAUGAGGAGACCCACAGCACCCAGGUCCAGGUCCAGGACAUAGACCUGUCCCGCUUCGUCCCUCAGGAGGUGGAUGACACGGGCAUAACUGUGGCUGCCAGGGACCGCUUCACCUCCAGGACCAAGACUCACAUGACGGCUCGGGACAGCGAGCAGUUAAACGGAGCUUGUGGCGGCACCGAAGCCGACGUCCUACCAGGGGGUGAGGAAGAGGAGGAGGAGGAUGAAGAGGAGGACGUGCCGGUGGAUGAGAACUUGUUCACUGGAGAAGAUCUAGAAGAUCUAGACGAGGAGCUCAACACACUGGCAUUGGACGACUGAGCGGGACAAACUUAAGGACCACAAAAGACUGACGGACUUAUGGUCACAUGACUGUUUGACUCCGCCCCCCUGGUGUAAAGAAGUGGUGAACACGCUGAUUCUGUUCUAAGAAAUGCAGCCAGUUCCUUCUUGGAAUCACAUGGAAUGUUGACCUGGAACCAAAGGAGACUUCAGUCUUGGUGUGACUGCAAGUGAUGUUCAUGAAUAAAAUAGUCAA